AUGACACCACCUCUCCUCGUCUGCUCAGCUGCUGUGCGUGAGGGUAAUGUGAAGAUAUGUGAGAUGCUCUUGGAUAAGGGUGCGGCCAUUGAAGCACGCACAGCCGACGGAGACACUCCGCUGAUGAUAGCCGUACAAUGGGCACACGCACCUGUUGCUAGGCUUCUGCUGG